AUGUCGACGAUUACCCCGAUUGAGACCGACGAGCAGUGGCAGCAGCUGCUCAGCACUGCACCCGCCUCAACCCUCAUCAUCGCCUCCUUCCACGCUCCCUGGGCGGCACCAUGUGCGCAGAUGGCCACCGUCCUGUCAACGCUGGCAUCCGAAUAUCCCGUCACCGACCCCCCGAGCACCAAGUGGGUGUCCAUCAACGCCGAAGAUCUCAGCGACAUCAGCGAAGCCUACGACGUCACGGCCGUUCCCUACCUGGUGCUGCUGCGGAACCGCCAGGUCGUCGAGACUGUCAGCGGCAGCAGCGCCGUCAAGGUGCGGACGGCCAUCGAGAAGCACGCCAAGAAGGACGGAAGUGCGACACAAGAUGCAGCGGCGCCCAACGGGGUCGCUGAGGCGGCUCAAGUCGCCCAGCCCGAUGCCGCUGCCGUCGAUCCGGUCAAGCAGAAGGAGGAGCUGUUCAAGCGCCUGGACGAUCUGGUCAAGGCCGCCCCCGUAAUGCUCUUCAUGAAGGGCACACCCAGCGCUCCCCAGUGCGGAUUCUCACGGCAAAUGGUUGGAAUCCUGCGGGACCACUCUGUCAAAUACGGUUUCUUCAACAUUCUUGCCGAUGAUGAUGUCAGACAGGGUCUGAAGGAGUAUGCCGAGUGGCCUACAUUCCCACAGCUGUGGGUGGAUGGCGAGCUUGUCGGUGGAUUGGAUAUCGUCAAGGAGGAACUCAGCAGCAACAGCGACUUUUUCAAGCCCUACAGCGUCAAUGCUGAAGAAACGGCGGCAUAA